GCAGAGGUGUAGCUGACGCUGCCUUUUUGCAUGUUCGCCGGUACCGUAUAGGAGGGAGUUACAGCAGACACUAGGCAGUUUAUGCCAGUUCGCUUUUAAAUGCUGAACAUUUUACAACAAAACAAGUGCAUUCAUCUCGUUAAACUUCGUCAUAUACGUAAAUCAAAGUGUUGUUGGGGUUUCGACAUUACGUUUCCCCUGACAACGUUUGUCGCCUUCCGUUCGCGCGAGUGCUGUCUGACGCUACUCCUAUCCAUUCAGUCUAUGUUUGCGAUGACUUCUGAGGACGUCAAAGAUGAAGAAAAGAAUGAUAAUACACCUACUGGAGGUAGAAACGGAAAUUCGGAUAUGGAAGUUCAAAAAAAAGUUAUGUUGGGAAUAUUAUUUGCUGUGAUAUUCUUCGUCAUCGUUUUUUCCAUUGUAGUUGGAUUGUCAUUACAAGUGAAAUCAUCUAGGUAUGUGGAACAUCAAAAACAAUUAUGCGAUCGAAUAAAAGAUUAUACAAGAACUAAAAUAUUAGAAGGAACUGGUUUGAAUAAAACUCCCGAAGUUGUUGAUAUCAACAGAUGUAUAAAAGGUAAUGAUUGCACAUUCAAUGUUCUUUCAUGUGCAACACCAUGUCCACUAGGUUUUGAAAUGAAUGGUGAAUGUGCUGUCAGUUGUAAAUGUGCAACCCAUGGCAUCAUGCAGUUGGAUGUACAAUUUGAUGAAGAGACAGUUCCUGCUAUUUUAGAGCAAAUGGAUGAAGAUCCCUCAGAAGAUUUUGCAGUUUUUGAACCAGAAAGUGGAAUUGAACUUUGGAAUGAAUAUGUUCUGAAUGGUCGUCCUCAGAUACCUUAUAAUUUAGAUGAAAAGUUAGAUCCUGAGCACAAGGAAGCAAUAUUACAAGCGUUUGCCAUCUUCAGAGAUAAGACAUGCUUAGAGUUUAUACCAAGAACGGAUCAUCCUGAUUAUUUGCACAUUCAGAAUGGAGAUGGUGAUUGCAGUGCGAGUUAUUCGCGACACCCAGGAAGAAACAUCCUCAAUGUUGCCUCAUGCUACUCAUACUCUCAUGUAUUACACGUACUCAUGCAUUCGCUAGGAUUCCAUCAUGAACAUAUGAGAGAGGAUAGAGAUGCUUAUAUUAAUAUAGUUUGGGAUAACGUGGACCCGGCAUAUGAGAAUGCAUUCAAUAAGCUGAACCCACAGAAUUACAUAAUCUCAAACUCUGAAUUUGACAAGAACAGCAUCAUGACACUGGAUGGAUACGCUUUUUCUAAAACCCACGAAGAGAAAGUCGAUCCAACGAUGCUCGAUCUUGACACAAAAGAAGCGCUUGUUGGAGGAGGAUCAAUUUUAACAGCUAAUGAUAUAGAAGACAUAGUUUCUGUAUAUUGUGAUGGUGCACCAGAGAACUCAUUAGCUAAUUCUGUCCAAAGAUCAAUGAUGGCUGAUACAAGAUCAGCUGUCUUUGCACUGAGUUGGACAGAAUGGUCAAAAUGGAGUCGAUGUCAGAAAACAUGCGGACCUUCCAUACGGACAAGAACUAGGCAAUGCAAAAUGUUUGACUUCAUAUCAUAUGGUUGUAAAGGAAGAUCAAGAGAAGGUCGAACAUGUCAGAUCAGACCUUGUGACAUAACUGUGAAGGAAGCAAGGUGGGAGCCAUGGGGUCAGUGGGGCAAAUGCAGCAAAAGUUGUGGAACUGGAAUUAUGAUGAAAUAUCGUAAAUGUUCAGUGAAAGGAGCUUGCAGAGGAAAAGGAAGAAAAUCAAAAGGAAAGAAAUGUAAUACAGAACAGUGUGAAGACGACAAACCAUUAUUUUCUGAGUGGACAAGCUGGGGCGAAUGCAUGACAACAUGUGGAAAAUCAUCUCGCAUUAGAAAGAGAGAAUGCCUUGAUAAGAAAGGUCGCAAGUCAUUCAAAUGCACAGAAGGAGAAAUUGAUGACCGUGGAUUUGAAACCCAUAUUGAAAUGUGCGAUCGUCCUUGCAGUGCAAAAGUACGAAGUUUGAAUCUUGAUGACAUUGAGACGUUAGCUAUUCCUCCUAAACUUUCUGAAAUGAAAUUCAUCGAGGGGUUUGAUCAGAAAGCGACAAUAAUAGCAAAUGAAAUGUGCGAUCCUCUGCCGAAUAAUCACUGGUUUAUUGGAGAUUUUAAUGGCGAUGGAAGGACUGAUACAAUGUGUGGAGAAAGUGCUGACCUUCUGAAAGUGUUUCUUACUAACUUUGAUGGAACAUCUUACAUGCGUUGGAUGGGAAGAUUAAACUGUGCGAUCGAUCAUAUCUAUAUCGGUGACUUCAACGGAGAUCGAUCAGAUGAUGUCUUCUGCAAGGACUCUCUCAUGACACGGAAUUUCAUCUACAAGUCGAUUCAAGGUGGAGCAUUUUACCAACACGAUGACGCAGGCCCUUUUUGUAUGAACAUAUUUGAUAAAAUUGAAGUUCUUGAUAUCAACGGAGACGGAAAAUCUGAUCUUAUUUGUCGACAUACCAGAAUAUUCGAUGAUACAGAUAUUUAUGUUAGUUCUUUAUCAUAGUGUUAAUAACGUUUAAAAUGAAACUUUGCAACUAUAAAUAUAUACAUUUCUUGUGUUA